UCUUUUUUUCCCUUAAACAAAAUGAGUUCGGAGCUCAGAUUUCUCGUUUCCAUGAUAUUACUUUUAUCGGUAUCUUCCAUUGGUUAUGCCAAACACACAUCUCGCCUGAGAGUCGGAUUUUACCACUCGAGCUGCCCGCAAGCAGAGGCUAUUGUGAGGAAGGCGGUGAACAAGGCAGUUUCCAGGAACCUGGGAAUUGCCCCCGGCCUUGUUCGGAUGCAUUUCCAUGAUUGUUUCGUUAGAGUAACCCGGUAUGCUUCCGUGCUUCUCAAGUCGACCCCAGGAAAGCCAGCGGAGAGGGACCACCCGGCUAACAACCCGAGCCUACGAGGGUUUGAGGUGAUUGACGAGGCAAAAGCACAGCUUGAGGCUGUGUGCCCAAAAACAGUUUCAUGCGCUGACAUUCUUGCUUUCGCUGCUCGGGACAGUGCUCACAAGACGGGAGGGAUAUACUACGAUGUGCCAGCUGGUCGUCGGGACGGACGCGUCUCCAACCUGCCGGAAGUAACGGACAACCUGCCACCACCGAACUUCAGCGCUCAAGAACUCAUUGCAAACUUCGCGAGGAAAGGGCUCUCAGCUGACGAGAUGGUAACCCUCUCUGGUGCCCACUCCUUCGGUGUCUCCCAUUGUUCCUCCUUCUCGUCGCGCCUCUACCCCACCCGAGACCCGACACUGGAUGGACGUUAUGCGGUUUUCCUGAAGACCAAGUGCCCACCGCCAAGCAACACAACCAACCAGGACCCGACAGUUUUUCUGGAAACCCGGACCCCAAACCAUCUAGACAACAAGUACUAUCAGGAGCUGACACGGUUCCGAGGCCUUCUUACCUCGGACCAGACGCUUUACACGAGCCGCUCAACUUCGAGGAUGGUCUUAAUCAAUGCAAAGAAUGGCAAAGUGUGGACCAACAAGUUUGCAAAGGCGAUGAUACGCAUGGGCGCGAUCGAGGUCCUGACCGGCACUCAAGGUGAGACCAGAAAGAUGUGCAGUAGGGCGAAUUAAUAAUGGCCGAAACCUCUGCUUCAAUUAAUUUCCAGAAUUGUUUUGACAAAAGUUUGGUUCAUUUUAUUUAACUUAUUAAUAAUUUUUCAAGCGCAAAUCGCAUUUCGAUUUGCAUUUUGUAUUCAGGCUUGAGAUUGUUCAAGUUGUUCAUCACAAUAAUUUGAUGUUUGCAAAUUGUAAUAUGGACGGGAGUGAUAUCAAAUGUAACUCUAUCAUUCUUUGGGAUCA